AUGUUUGGCUCUCAGGGGUUUCUUGUGUUGACGCUGUUGGCAGGUGCAGUUGCUGGCCAGGAUGCAAUCACUGCGACUGGGACAAACUUUACGCUGAGCGCUGAUGGCAUGUCAUACCUGUUUCACGUUGACACUUCGUCUGGAGAUCUCUUAUCCGACCACUUUGGAGGACCGGCUACCGAGUUUACGCCACCAGCGACCAUCUUGCCUUAUGGAUGGCAUGAGACUCAAGGCAAUCUUCGCCGCGAGUUCCCAGACAUUGGCCAUUACGACUCCCGAUUGCCUGCCAUUCAUAUUGAGCAUGCCGACGGCGACACAGUCUCUGCAUUACGCUAUCAGUCGCAUGAUAUCGUUCAAGGCAAGCCGUCGCUACCCGGACUGCCCGCGACAUAUGGAGGAGCAGGCAACGUGACGACCUUGAUCGUGCAGCUGUACGAUAACGUGUCUGAUGUCUCGGCCGCGCUGUCAUAUUCGAUAUUUCCAAAGUACAACGCUGUUGCGCGGAGUUUCAGCAUUACGAACAAUGGUUCAAACGAUAUUCGCAUCGAAAGAGCGGCAAGCUUCAGCACCGACUUUCCCAACGUGGACCUGGAAAUGAUUGAACCGCACGGCGAUUGGUCUCACGAGUUCAACACCGUGAGGAGGAAGGUUGACUAUGGCGAAACCACCUUCCGGAGCACAGAAGGAUACGCAUCGCACGUUCACAACCCCUUCUUUGCGCUUGUAUCACCAACUACUACCGAAAGCACUGGCGAAGCUUGGGGAUUCAACUUGGUCUGGACAGGCAGCUUCCAAGCAACGGCAGAGAGGUUUUCGAACGGCUAUGUCCGCGUGCUGUUGGGACUAAACUCGCUGCACACCAGCAUUAAAGUGCAGCCAGGCAAGUCAUUCCAGUCUCCGGAAGCUGUUGCGGUUUAUUCUUCCAAAGGAAUUGGGGGAGUCUCUCGAUCUUUCCACGACUUGUACCGCAACCAUCUCUCGCGCUCCAAAUUCACCCACGAGACUCGCCCUAUCCUGUUGAAUUCGUGGGAAGGUUUAGGAUUCAACAUCAACCAGACCUCAUUGGUCAAAUUAGCAGGCGAGGCAGAGGAGCUUGCUAUUGAGCUUUUCGUGAACGAUGAUGGUUGGUUCGGUGUCGAGUACCCGCGUAACAAUGACUCCCUGGGCCUUGGUGACUGGACACCCAACCCGGCCAAGUUCCCAGAUGGUCUACGCCCUUACGUCGACCAGGUGAACAACUUCUCUGUCUUGAACUCCUCAACGUCGCUGCAGUUUGGUAUUUGGGUCGAACCAGAGAUGGUUAAUCCCAACUCGACUUUGUAUCGCGAACAUCCGGAUUGGGUCUUACACGCCGGGAAGCACCAAAGGACGCUCACCAGAAACCAACUUGUUCUCAAUGUGGGCCUGCCAGAAGUACAAGACUUCAUCAUCAGCACUGUAUCACGCGUUCUCGACUCAGCAAACAUCCAGUACGUAAAGUGGGAUAACAACCGCGGUAUGCAUGAGUUAUCUCGCCCAUCAGACGACUACACCUACAUCCUCGGUCUCUACCGCGUGAUCGACAACCUCACAACGCGCUAUCCCAACGUACUAUGGGAAGGCUGCGCAUCUGGCGGUGGACGCUUCGACGCAGGCUUACUAUACUAUUGGCCUCAGCACUGGACAUCAGAUAACACGGAUGCAGCGAACCGACUUACAAUCCAAAUGGGAACGUCUUUCGUCUACCCGCCGUCAGCAAUGGGCUGCCACAUCUCCGCGAUUCCCAACGGCCUUACAAAACGUAACAUCAGCAUUGAAUACCGCGGCCACGUCGCCAUGAUGUGCGGCUCCUUCGGCCUCGAGCUCAACCCAGAAGAACUCAAACCCGAAGAAGCAUCUGCCGUCCCCGCCAUCAUAGCCGAAGCGCAUCGCGUCAAUCCCAUCGUUAUCAGCGGUGAUUUCUACCGCCUAGCGCACCCUGAUAGCAGUAACUGGCCUGGAGUGCAGUUCGUUAGCGAAGAUGGAAGUCAGAGCGUGGUGUUUGCGUUUCAGCAGAUGUAUGUGGUUAAGCCUGCGCCGCCGCCGCUGAGACUGCAGGGGUUGGAUGCGAAAGCAAGGUAUAGUAAUAAUUUGGAUAAUGCGACGUAUAGUGGGGCUACGUAUAUGAAUGGCGGGUUGAAUAUUGCGUGGCCGAGGGCGGAUUAUCAGAGUAAGCUUAUCUGGUUGCAGAAGCAGUAG